AUAUUUAAUAAACACAUUUUUUCCUCUGCUCCUGGUGUUUGUAAACUACACAUGCUACCACCCCAGAGGAGAUGAAGACAUGAGCACAGCUGAAUGCAUGUCCGCCACAGUAUUUUGUGCACUUGAGGCGACCGCGGCCUAGCUGUGGAUGAGAGCCUCGGCCUUUCCUCAGCCGCUUUAGCCGGCAAGCUGAGGGCACACUCGGCGACAUGGAUUCGAGUACUGAAAAUGUUGGGACAGCCAGGGAGUCAAAGUAAAUGGAGAGGGGGUCAGUAUCCAGCCUUAUGUUGUCAGUGAUAUACUGUGACAAAUAAACUGUUGACAGAGGAGGAGCCAUGGCUUUUGAGGAGAUCAAGAGUAAAGGAGGAAUGGAUGUGGGGAUGGAAGGAGACAGAGGCCUUGUAGCUGGUCGUAGCCAGAGAGAGAAGAGGAGGUCGUACAAGGAUCUGCUAAGGGAGGAAGAGGAGAUUGCUGCUCAGGUCAGAAAGUCUUCCAAGAAACGGCCCAAGGAUUCAGAACUUUUCAUGCUUGGAGGGGACUCGCACAAAAAGAAGAAGAAACAUAGUGAUGACUAUUAUUACAGAGACCACGAUGGUUCAGGUCCACCUCCCCACAAGAAAAAGCACAAGUCUGCAGACCGCUCCCCCCCUCUCUCUUCCCCCUCAUCCUCUCACCCGACAGAUACAGCGAUGGGCCUCCUGCAGGCUAUCACCUCUCCACUGGCCACAGGUUCAGACCCCAGCCCCCACUUGCACAAGAAACCCUCCUACCCCUCCUUCUCCUCGCACUCUUCCAAGGACCGCAAACGUGAGAGCAGCAGCAGCGGUGGAAGCAAAGGGAGCCACUCCUUCUCUCACUCCCGCCCCCUGUCUUCAUCAUCAUCGUCUUCCAAGAAGCACUCCUCCUCUUCCUCAAAGUCAUCUCUGUUCCACGGCGGAGCUCCCAAAGAGGAACCCUUGACGUUACGCGAGGCUGACGGGCUGAAGAUGAAGCUCAUCAUGUCGCCGGAGAAAGAGGAAGGAGAGAGCUUCCCGUUCACACCCCACUCAUCCAAAGGAGGUGUAAAGAAAGAGAAGGAUAGGGACAGGAUGCAGCUCUCAAAGUCACCCAAGAAGAAACUACAGCAGAAUCGAGAUCCACUGCCUGUAGUGGGGAAAGAGGUGGAGGUGGAAGGUCAUUAUGGAGGUGGCAUUGGAGAUGAUAGCUCUUCAUCUGGGGGUGAACUGGAGGCUGGUGAACUGGUUAUAGAUGAUUCAUACACACACCUGUCAAAAAAGAAGAAGAAGAGCAAAAAAAGCAAGAAGAAAAAGGACAAAGAAAAAGACAGAGACAAGGAUAAAAGUGGGAAGGACAAGAAGCACAGCAAAGGAUUUGGAGACUCAUCGAGGGGCCACAGCCACUCCCAUCCCACUGUCACUCACAGCGCUGUUGGUCCAAUGUAUGCCAUGGGCACGCCCGUCCCUCCACACCACCAUCAAGGCAAUGAUGGAAUCACAGAGAAGAAGAAGAAGAAAGAGGAGAAAGAUCGGGAAAAGCAUGAGAAGGAAAAAGAUAAGCCCAAGAAGAAGAACACAACAGCAUAUCAGGUGUUUUGUAAGGAGUACAGGGUCAACAUAAAUGCAGAACAGCCAGGACUUGUGUUUGGUGAGCUAAGCAAAAGGUUGGCGGAGGUGUGGAAGGCGAUGCCCGAGAAAGACAAAUUAGUUUGGAGGCAGAAAGCUCAGUAUCUGCAGCACAAACAGAACAAAGCUGAGGCCACCACAGUCAAACACAAGACUGCUAGUGAGGGCAAAAGCAAAGUUGUAGGAACGGGAACAGGGAUGGUGUCGCCGAACAGAGCGCCUGGCACUGUGUCUCUAUCCCCAGCACGAGUCCCAGAUGUUGAUCCCAUUGAUGCGGCAGCUCACCUGCAGCUCCUGGGAGAGUCCCUGUCCUUGAUUGGGCAUCGGCUACAGGAAACAGAGGGGAUGGUGGCAGUGUCCGGGAGUCUGUCUGUACUUCUGGACUCCAUCUUGUGUGCACUGGGACCGCUGACCUGUCUCACAGCACAGAUACCACAGUUAAACGGAUGUCCUCGAAACGUCCUGUCAAAUACAUUGGACAACAUUGCCUACAUCAUGCCUGGGCUGUGAUUGAAGGAUGAUAAUCAAUGUGGAGUGAUUUGACAUCAGAAGUCAACAGAUUUGACUGGAGUGGUCCUUUACAGUGACCCUUGGACUUUAAUUUAAUUUUGCCACUGCUUGGCAUCUGAAAACUUGGAUAUUUCUAGUGUCAACACGUUUUUAAAGUAUUUUUUUAAAAACCUUGUUCUCUUAAUUUUCUAAUUGUUAUAUUUUUAAAUGAGACAUUUUACUGAACACGUUAAUCUUUCUUGGCAUGUCAGCUUAGUUUUACUGUUAUUGUACAGUGUGCUGUUGUAUGAAUGGGUGUACGCUUGUAUGUACUGUACUGAAUGUAUGUGUGCCUUUUUUACUGAAAUGUACAGGAACAUUUAAGUUGUCUUUUGGUCAUCAUCAACAUAACGUAAUAUAUUUGACACCUGCUUAGUUUUUCUUUUACCAUGUGAAAAGUACUGUCAUGCCUUGCAGUUUUAUACAUUUGAUAUUUUACUGUGCAUACAGCAUUUCGAUUUUGAUGACUGCGGAAUUUAAAAAAUGAUAGAAAACACCUUUAGGUACAACCUUGUUGUAAUCAGGAGCUGUCCAAACAAAUCAGUCAGACAUUUAACAAAAUGGCAACAUUAAAAUAUGAUCUGUUCCCAAA